GGUCUACCACUGAACAAAAAACAGUGCAUGUGACUCUAACUUCUGAGACUCAGAUUACUAAGGAGCAAUCAUUGAUUGACUGUGUACAAUUGCUGCAAGAAGUUGAAGUUAGGUGUGAGAACAAAGGGAGCAAAGGAAUAGUGCGAGCAAUUCAUGAUACAGGAAUCAGUGUUUUAAUGGACAAAUCAAAGAAAGAAGAAUUUUUUGGAAAAGAACAAAUACUGUUUUUCCAUAGAGAGAAUGAAGGUGAACUAAAUCAGAAAGAGAAGGAAGGUGAACCAAAUCCAGAAGUUUUAACUGCUGAGUUCUUUACUCCAAGCGAAAACCAAACAGAGAGGUUCACCCAAACCGAAAAGCUCGAUUCAGAAGCUCAGAUGACCCAGAAGCUUGAUUCAGAAGCUCAGAUGACCCAGAAGCUCGAUUCAGAAGCUCAGAUGACCCAGAAACUCGAUUCAGCUGUUGAUGGUGAUGAGGAGAACCUUCCUCAGGAAGGUGAUGAUGAAGUGAACCUUCCUCAGGAAGGUGAGAAUCUAAAUGAUGGUCUUGAUAAAGAAGAAGAUUAUGUACCAGAAGGAGUGAGCCCAAAUGAUGGUGAUGAUGAAAAAGAAGACAAACAGAAUCCACAAGAUGAAGGACCAUCAUUUGAUCUUAAAUGUUUUAGUUCACCUGAGGAAAAAAAGAGAAAGCUGGAUAAGAAAGAUAAAAUUGUUAUUCCAAGAAAGAAGCAAAAAGUUGAUGGUGAUGGUGAGAAGCAAAAAGAUGAUGGUGAAGGUGAGAAGCAUGUUCCAAGGCGAAGCAAUCGGCUCACAACUCCAUCAUUUUCAACCAUUACUCCAUAUAAAGCACCAAGAAACCCUGCCACAUCUGCUAUUCAUCCAAUGUUCAACCCUUUCCUGUCUCCAUCUUUCAAUGAUAUUGAAGAAUUAAAUUCUUGGAAGAGCUCAAAUAUCAGAACAGGGGUAAUAACGGAUACAGAACCAUUAACCUCACAUUGGAUACAUUUGCUGGGAAGACCAGAGAAGAAAUUGCAAGAAACGCAUAUUGAUGCAGCUUUGGGAUUACUUUGGUUGAGAAGAAACAAGGAUCCCAUUUAUUUUCACAACAAGAGACUUCCGAAAUCAACCUUUGUGAAGCCAGACUUCUUUUCAAAUUUGAAAGCUGGAUACUUCAGUUUCAAGGAGGAUAAGUUUAAAUCACAACACGUGUUUCCAAAAGAAGUCACUGAUAUUGUGAGUGGGAAGUUGCCUUCGGUUUGUCAUCCUACUGAGAAGUGGCAGGAUCUCGAGGGAGUUUAUGGUAUUGCCUAUAACUCUAAAUACAAACAGUACAUUGGUAUGGAAAUAAGCUUCAAGUCCAGGAAGAUUACUGUUUUUGAUUGUCGAACUCAUGAGAGUAAAGGUGACUUGGUGGAAACUCAUGUUAAGCCAAUUGCAGAGAUGAUACCUUAUCUCUUACGCACUGAAAGAAACAGAGGAACAGUUGAUCUGUCUCCAUUUAAAGUCUUAUGCCCUAAGAAGUUCUUUCGUCGCAUUAAGAGUGAAGCAAACUGUGGAUUAUUCAUCCUCAAAAUGGUGGAAUGCCACUCAAUGGGCGUAGAAGAGAUGAUGAGUAAGCUUCAAGAAGAGGUUUCAGAAGAUAUUAGAGCCAAGUUAUGUUUUGAUAUCUAUCAUGAUAUCAUUCUUAAGAAGAUUGAGAUGUUUAGAGGUUGAUUUUUUGUUUUCAGAUGGUAGACUUUUCUUUGGAUUUAUAAGUUUACAAUGGAUUUAUU